AAAUACGAAAAAUUUUAAAUAAAAAAAUACAAAGAAAAGGAAAAACAAUUUUUAUUUUUUAAAUGUGAAUUCAAAAUUACAUAAAUCAUGUCAAUAAAUGCAACAAAAAUAUUUCGUAAUUAUAAUAUGGUUGUGAAAAUGCGUCAAUUUUUAAAUUCAUAUUGUGAAAAUAAAAUAAAAUUGAAAUAAAUUUUUGUUUAAAAUUACCCCGUGAGUGUGUGGGGAAGUAAAAAAAAAAUUUUUGUCAUUACUUUUAAGAGAGCGGAAAAUAAAGUUAAUCAACCACAGAAAAUGUGAUGGCGAGGAAGAAGGAAGACAAAAAGAAAGAAUCAGAAGAAAUAAAUUGGGUUUAUAAUUGGAAUCCUACGAAGAAGCCAAAAAUUGAUGGACAUUAUUUUCCCGAUUCUGAAAUUUGGGAUGAAAAUGAUUUAAUUCUUCAUCCUGAUCACAAAUUUGUUAAUAAAGACUUUCAUUUAUACAAAACAUGGAACAAAAAUCGGGUGACAAGUGUCGUGCCAUGGCUAUUGACAAUGUCAUUGGUGGGUUUAAAAAAUUUUGUAACACCAGCAACACCAAAUCAAUUAUCACAAGAUCUUCAAGCACCGCCACAAAUUUAUUCGCCAUCAAUUUAUCCACCGGUAACAUCCACGCAAAAUGGCAAAGGUUUUCCAAUUCACACGACCUGCAAUUAUCCUUAUCACGAUGACACCUCAAUAGUGGAUCAACGAUUAUUGAAACCUUGCGAGGAUAAUCAACAACAAAAACAACAAUUCUAUCCAUCAAAUCCAAUAAAUAAUUGGAUGAUUGAAAAUUAUCAAAAUUCAGGAUACGAAACUAAAAUCAAAACUGGACGAGAAAUUGAUGCUCAUUUAAAUCGUAUUAAUUUUAAUUCACCUAUCGAUGACAAUAAUAAUAAUAAUAAUAAUAACAAAAAAGGAAUAUAUAAACCUGAUCUUUUGUAUAAAGGGGAAAAUCAUCCUAACAAUGAAUACGUUGGUCCAGCAAUGGAAUUGGAGUAUUUUUGGAAGACUGUAGAUUUCGAAUAUGAAAGUGACGAAGCACGAAAUCGAGCUCGUUUUGAAGGUUCCUACAUUCCAGAGAACAAUUUACCCUUAGGACUUGAAGUUUGGGAAGAUAGAGUCUUUAUCACUUUGCCAAAAUGGAAAAGUGGCAUACCCGUAACUCUCACAACUGUUCCACGAUAUUCAACAACUAAAAGCCCGAAGCUAAAACCCUAUCCUAAUUGGGAAUGGAAUAAUGCUGGAAAUUGUGAAGGACUCACCUCGGUGUUUCGAAUUCAAGUGGACGAUUGUCAGCGUCUAUGGGUUUUGGAUUCGGGAAAAAUUGAAAUCACAAAUAGUUCCGAACAAAUUUGUCCACCGGCAAUAUUCAUUUUUGAUUUGAAAACAGAUCGUCUUCUUCAUAAAUACAUUCUUCCCAAGGAUCACAUCAAGGAGGAUUGUCUUUAUUCGAAUAUAAUUGUUGAUGUAAGACACGGUUUUUGUGAGCUUGCGGUUGCCUAUAUUUCCGAUGUUUUUCGUUUUGGAGUUGUUGUUUAUGAUCUCUUGUCCGAUUCAUCAUACAGAUACGAGCAUCAUUUCUUCUAUCCGGAUCCAUUGUCUGCAAGAUACAAUCUUCAUGGAAUUCAAUUUGAGUGGACGGAUGGAAUUUUUGGAAUGGCAUUAAGUCCCCUUGAUAUUGAUCAAGAUCGUACAAUUUUCUUUCAUCCAAUGUCAAGUUUUCGUGAAUUUGCAGUUUCAACACGUGUAUUGAAGGAUAAAAAAACGGCUGACGAAUGUUCGGAUAAAUUUGUACCCGUUGGUAAGCCAAGAGCAAAUGAUUAUGGCCAAUCAUCAGGAUCGGCUAUUGAUCGUGAUGGUGUUAUGUUUUUUAAUAUGGUAACAAGAGAUUCUGUAUGGUGUUGGGAUACAAGAAAAGAAUAUAUUCCGGAGAAUCUUGGUGUAAUUGGUACAAGUAAUGUGUCACUUAUUUUUCCCAAUGACGUUCGAAUGGAUCAUGAAAUAAAUCAAAGUGUAUGGAUAUUAUCCGAUCGUUUGCCAAUGUAUCUCUAUGGACAUUUGAAAAGUGAUGAUAUUAAUUUUCGUAUUUUUCGCGCUUACGUUAAGGAUGCUGUGCGUAAUACUGUUUGUGAUCCAAAUUAUGUUAUUCCCGACGCUCAAAAUGGAUUCAAUGAGACUUGUUGAUCUGAAACACUGGGAGAAUAAACAUUAUAGUAAUUUUAUAUUUUCACAAAAAGAAAAUCAAAAAAUUGUUUUCGUUUCUUAAAGAUUUUUUUUUUGACUUUAUUAUCGUGAAAUAAAUAAUAUUUUACGAUAAUUAUUUAAAAUUCAUAAGAAUCGAAAUCAUUGAAGAGAAAAUUGAAAAAUAAAAAUUUUCAUUUAUUAGAAAUAGCAUAUUAAGAAAAACUGAAUGCUUAAUAUAUUUUACUUUUAUAUUUAUUGUGUAAGUGAAAGUGUUUUGACUCAUCGAUUAAUAUAUAUAUUAUAAUUUAUAGUUGAUAUAUUUGAUUUUGUAGAAAAUAGACAAUGCCAUCGAUCUUUGGUCUC